AUGAAUCGUGUGGCGGCAGUGAUAGCUAGUCGGAAUGAGCAGCAUUCGGCUUUAAUCGGUCGUUAUGUGAAACCGAUAUAUAUGGCAAUGAGGAAGGAGAUAGAAACGAGGCCCGUGGUGGUAGAGAGUGUAAUGAACAACUUGGCUGCCACCGUGGACAGCUUAAGUUGUCCUGAUUCUGGUGCGACAUUGUCCUUGUACACGAGCGCACUUGAAGACUACAAGAAGUAUCCCCAGCACUCUUACUUGUUUAAGAUGCUGUUGAGUCUAAGCAAGCUUGUCCCUCCCCAGACUGUUGUACGUCUCAUCCCAGUUAUAGAGUCUCCUUUGGAUCGCCGAUUGGCUUUCCUAUCCAACAUAAGUCCUAGGUUCAACAAAUCUAUAACCGACCAUAAUGUGACUUUCCGACAAUGGCAAAUUGUUCGAGAUGCAGUUGUCGAGGUUAUCACUAGAAUUUCCAACCAGUACUUGGACCAGUACCGGGUCCAAGACGGUGCACAUGAGAUGGUGUGUGCAGAGGCCCCACUAAGUCCCACCUCCAGCACGCCAGACGGCGUCCUGGACUCGACUACUACAACCGUGGUGGAGGAGGUGGACGCGACCAUGUUGGAAGGGAUUGCCAGCUUGCUUUCCACCUACUAUAUGAGAGACGAGACAGUCAUGACUACUAUCGACACUUAUGCCGCAAUGCUGGCACAAAGAAUCCUGCAAAUUGACGCACGAACUAAAGCCAACGAUAAAACAACCGUGGGAACAACACCGGCUGACGGAGAGGAAUAUGACUUUGAAAUGGAGUAUGAAGAGGAGCCCUACGAAGUUUGCGGCGAAGAAAGUUUCCUUCCAUACCUAAUGGAACUUCUCAAUAUUCUGAAACACACACCGAUGAAUAAGUUGUCAAGAAAUGCUCAAACUACGAUACACGCCGUUCGGACGAACAUAUCCGUGCCUCACAGCGACCUCUCUCAAGAAUUCCAGACGAUCUGGGACCGGAAGGAUGUACUGCCGAUUUUCAGUGGCCCAACAAGUGGUACGGAUGCAAGUGGUACGGAUGCAAGUGGUACGGAUGCAAGUGGUACGGACAAGUGUGUAGGCGAACACAGUAUGACCAAUGUCCCGGCCGGGUUGGUAUCGAACGCGACCAUGGGCGAGGGUCCGGACUGGGCCACGGUGGAAGAGAUGGAGGCGGCGUUGCGAGAGAUGGAAGCUGGUGUGUCCCGUUUGGCUGUCAGUGGUUUGUCGGUGGAGCAGUUGUGUCAUAUCGCCAAGUCGAAGGAAAGUUUCGUGAAGGUGUUGGACAUGGGUGGUGGACAGACAAUCAAGACGGAUACGGCGUUGCAGGUGCGCUUACGCGCACUACGCUUGCUGAAAACCCUGGUCCGGGACCGCGCGCCUUCUGUCGCCGGUCAUGUGGACGCUGUCAUGGACGCAGUGUAUUACGCAGUGGGUGACGACGUAGGACAUGAGACUUAUGAACUUGGUUACGCCAUCCUCCUCGAGUUCCUAGACCGCUACCGAUGUGUCCCACCCGUCCCCGACACAGCCAACAAUUGCGCCGGCGCCGUGACGAAACUCGUCAAUGUCACCAAGGCCGUUAUCGCCUACAUCCGCUUCGGCGAUAAGAACCAGGACGACCUCGCCACCCAAGCAGCCGCCAAAGAACGCACUCGCCAAUCCCAAAUAAUGGCCGACAUACUUAGCCACUGGACUAAAGACACGGAACUCUAG